CAGCGCGUCAGUUGCCUUCCGUUUAAACCGGGAGUGCCACUGUGCUGGCCAAGUGGCCGCCGUUCGUCUUUUGCCAGCCGUUCGGCUUUCGACUAAUCUGAAGUUCGGCAGCAUUGCCACGCCACGGUGAGAACAACAAACUAAGCAAGCGCUCAAUUGUCCCAGAGAGCUGACCAAUGGCCUCUCAGAACAUGGACCCUGCCGCUUCAGCCGAAGCCGCCACUAGAAAGGGCAGCGAGGUGGGCGGCAACACCACCAAAGGGUCCGUAACUAAACGGCUCCAGCAGGAGCUGAUGACUCUAAUGAUGGCGGGCGACAAGGGAAUCUCGGCCUUCCCCGAGUCUGACAACCUCUUCAAGUGGGUGGGAACUAUCGACGGGGCCCCCGACACGGUGUACGAGGGUCUGCAGUACAAGCUAUCAUUGGACUUCCCGGCUGGAUACCCGUACCAGGCACCACGCGUGCGCUUCCUGUCACCGUGUUUCCAUCCCAAUGUGGACGAGCACGGCUUCAUCUGCCUGGACAUCCUCAAGGACAAGUGGUCGGCUCUGAUGGACGUGCGCGCUGUCCUGCUGUCUAUCCAGAGCCUACUGGGAGAACCAAACAACGAGAGUCCACUCAACGCCGCGGCUGCUGCUCUUUGGCCAAACCAAGAAGACUACAAAGCUCACCUGCACUCAACAUUCCAUAUGUGAACCUGCUCUGCUUUUUUUUUUUUUUCUAAAGACCAACCUGUGAAAGUUAUUUUUGUACAAUAUUUUUAUGUUUGUUUGAUUUGUUGAAUCAAUAAAGUUCUAAAUUCAA